AUAGCAAACAACAGCAAAAUGCAGAGUUGUACAAGGAGCUAGAAGGGGAAAUGAGGGAGAAGGGCUUUGAAAAGCCGUGGCAAAUCCUCCGCAGCAAGUGGAAAAUGCUGAAACAACGCUACCUGGCUGAAAGACGGAUCCAGAGCAAAAGUGGAGCCGGGGGGAAGAUUACAAUAAAGUUCAAAUUCUUCGAUGCCAUGGACAGCAUUUUGGGUCAUCGACCCAUCGUGCAAGCAAUGUCGUCAGUCAUAAACAGCAUGGGUAAGUCCCAACGUUUUUAUACGGCAUGACAAAGUUAGCAAACGUGCUAAAAUAAGCGUAUGUGCUAACGCUAGGUUUACUUGGGGUUAUGAUACCUUAUCUUUCGCCGUUAAUCUAUUUUCAAAGUUGGGUCUGGGAACUGGGUCUAUACGGACCUUCUCCGGAGUUCUCCAAAAUACUACAAAAAACAAAACAAUAAUGCAGAAAGCAGACCAAGAAUUAGGAUAACAUCUGAUUUUAGUUGAUAAGUGCCAAAAUGCUUGAGUGCUUAAGUGCUUGGGAGCAAAGAAUGUAAUGCUCAUGUAACAUGUCAUGUUAUGGUAUGUCUUUUUGCACAUACAAAGUGUGUGUGUGUGUGUGUGUGUGUGUGUGUGUGUGUGUGUGUGUGUGUGUAGGUAUUAUUAUACUAAAAUAAGCAUACAUAAGUAUAUUUAUGUACACAUACUUAUGUAUACAUACAAUAGGGCUACUCAUCACAAUCUAGUUACAGCUCCACUACUUCCUGAAAUUUGGCCAAAUUUCAGGAAGUAGUGGAGCUGUGCAACUAGUCUAUUGUUGGCCUAAUUUGGAUGAUGUUGUAGUACUACAUAUUUACUUAUGUAUUCCAUUAUGUAUUAUUAGAUGCCGAGGCGAAUGCCGACACGGAGGAACCGAUUCGGGAGACUUCCACAGACUCGGAGGGUAGGUCAAGAAUUUGAUAUCUUUUAAAGUCACACAUUACUGUUUGGCUGACUGAUGAAAUUAGUGUUCGAUCUAAAAAGAAAUUUGACAGAAACCAAAUGUUGACAGUUAAUAAUUGUAACUACUUGUUUGCUACAAAACUGAAUAAACAUCCAAGACAACUGAUGUAAAAACUCUUAAGACUUUUGCACAGUACUGUGGAUAUAUUAUCUUAAUAUAAAGUAUAUUAUUCCUUCUUCCUGUUACUAUAGCAUCAUUUGAUGUCUUGCCCAUGUCGUCCGAUGGCUCUGAAGUGCCUGAUGUUCCAGAGGUGGGAGAGUCAUCUCAAGCUCAACCCCCGAUUGCACCUCAAGAGGCAUGGAGACGGCCAAAGAAGCGCAGAGCUUCAACUUCAUCUGUGCACAUGAGCAUGAUCAGGGAGCAAGCAGAACAAGAUCAGGCCAGCCUAACUGCGAUCACUGAUGUGCUGAAUCGAGUAGUUAACUGUUUUGAGAGAGCUACAGCGGCGGCAGAGCGCCAUGCUCGUUCUCUAGAAGUGUUGGCUGAAGCUCGGCUCCCUUUCCCCCAGCAACCACCUGCAGUAUCCAUUCCCUACCUCCAAGAGCAGCAGCCUCUGGUGUACCACCAUCAACCAACUACUUCAUACCAGCAGCAGCAGCCUCCUCCUACCUCCUACCAUCACCAGCAGCAGCAACAGCCUCCCUCUCCCUCUUCACCUGAAAAUCCCUGCUCUUACAAUACAUACCAUAGUUUGUAGGUGAUAUACAAGCAAACACAUGUUGCCAUUUCAGCACCUUAAUGUUGUUAUUGUUGUACAGGUUCACAGAUUGACAGUUCAUUGCACUAAUGUAUGUUUACUGAGAUUUUCUUUAAUGGACAGUUUAUACUGAAAAGUGUCCAUUUUUUGUGUAAUGGCAGCUUAAACAUGGUGCCAUCUGAAAACACUUACAUGUGUGCGUACAACCGGUGUCCGCAUGUUUGAUAAAUACAGAUUUUUUUGUACUCACCCACAUUCUAAAUUUCAUUCAGACCUUUUCUAUGCACGGUUGAUAAAUAAGGCCCCUGGUGAGGUCCAACACAGGAGCCGCCACUUAGGCAGUGCAGAAGACAAGGAUAUCUUAAUGGGGAUAUGUACAGCACAGAGAUGGUCAUUUCCAGCACUCCUGCACCUGCUCAAACUGCACUCUCUCCUUCCAAGAGGUAGGGAAACCUGCUAGAGCAGCGUUUCUCAAACUUAUUUCAGUCACGGCACCUUUCAAAAGUGCAUUAAAUCUCAGGGCACACUAGUUUAAAAUAUAAUUAAAAACAACACAGCAUAGCCUAAAUGUAAUAUGUCCUAUUUAUUUUGGCAGGGCAGUUUUAAUGAACAGAGCAUGAUACAAAGUGAAAAUGUAUAAGAGAUAAGCAGGAAUGUUUCCGUCCAUCUAUAGAGCUGCUUUCUAUCUGUGCCACUGUAACCUGCCCUACACAUACGCGCAUGCACACACACCCACACCAGCACGACACCUCUCCCCUCACAAUGAGAGAGGAAGAGAGAUAGACCUACAUGCAUUGAGCAUCUACUACCAUCUAGCAUCUACCUUUGCAGCCUUUAGUGCAGACUCAGCUGGUGGACGAAGGCUUGCACAAGUAGUAGGCUGAGGCUCCGUUUCACAAUCAAUGGUGUUCGGUUCAUGUGGGGCUUUUGUUUUUAGAAAAUAAUCCAUGAUACUGUUGCUUGUUCCUUGCUCUUUGUGAAAUCAAAUGUAUUUUGGCAGUUAAAUGAUGGUAAAAGGAUGUGCUCCUUAGUCAUACCUUGUGCUGACCUGUUGUGACACAAUAUUGACAAUGGGCACUUGAGACAGAUUUUUGAUGAUCAGUUUUUAUUAAAAUUAUUCAACUUAUUUAUUUGUUGUUACAUAUAUGUAAAAAUAAUGUAUAUAUGUCGUCACUCAUAUAUUUAUAUAUAAAAUGUCAGAAUAGGACAUUUCUUGAUGGCACCCGUGACGCAGUCAGACGCAGUCAGUCUUGUGUGCUCCACAAGGCCACAAAUGGUACACUGCAGUGAAUAAUAAGACCCAAUGUGUACUCCCACAUGCAUGACCUUGAAGUAAAAUAUCUAAGUGACCUAUGGUUAAUGCAGAUACAAAAUGAAACAGAGGUGAAACUCAAACUAUGUUUAUUAUUUAACCUUAACACACUUAGGGUGUAACCACACUGAAGACGCGUUAUUUGUCCCCAGCCUGGAACAGACGACGUAAGGCCACUUUACAAAAGACACCUCAAGCUGGAUAUUGAGUUAAAGCAGCUGCUCAUCAAGAAGACCAAGCUUGAGGUGGAGAAACUGCUCGAAGAAAAGAAGGUAAUAUUUGGUGGAGAGCUGCCACAUCACAACUUGAAAUGUACUCCAACGAAAAUUUUCCUCUCCAUUCCAUGAACGAGACAGAAGG